AUGAGAAUUAUUAAGAAUAGACUUCGGAGCACCAUAGCUGAUGAAUUCCUUGCUGAUUGCAUGAUUCUCCGCAUUAAAAUAGAGUCUGUUAAUAAUAUCGAUAAUGAAGAGAUAAUUGAGGAAUUUAAGAUUUCUAUGCCUCAUAGGUGGGCCGGUGACUACGUUGGUGCGCAGUUUCAUGCAAUGCAAGUGAAUGAGAAGACCAGCCAAGGCAGGGCAUCAAUUGUGUAA